AUGCAGGAGAUUCAAGCUAUGCUCUCCCAGCGACGCAGUUCCUCCGAGAACCAGUUUCGCUUCCCAUUCGCCAUGGAUUCUGGCGACAAUGUUGGACAUCAUGGCCCUGUUGAUGUCCAUACUCUUGCCGGCCUUCAGGGAGGUGGAGACGUGAUCCAAUUGACUUGUAAGAUCGUGGAUCCUGAGAUGAACGGAGGCAUGCGUUACAAGGCCUGGACUCAUCACCGCGAAGUUGUGCUCCAGCGUUUGAAUGGCUGGCAGCUUGUUGCAAGUGGUCCUGACUUCGCCACCUUCAAUGUUCCUCGCGCCAUUGUUGAGGCUGCUGCUACCGAGCGCCAAGCCAAGAUCCCCAAGGAGGAGCGUCGGUACUGGGGAGACAAGAGUGACUUCUGUCGUUGCCUUGAGACCGUUCUUAACGAGCUUGAGCCCAAAGCAACCAGCGCCCCCUCUCCAUCGUCAUACCUUCUCUUCUGCCAAGACAAGAGGCAGGAGCACAAGG